AUGGGGAACUCUUAUGCAGGCCAGCUGAAAUCUGCCCAGUUUGAGGAAGCUCUUCACAAUUCUAUAGAAGCCUCUCUAAGAUGUAACAGUGUAGUACCACGACCAGUGUUCUCCCAGCUUUAUCUCAAUGCAGACAACUCCCCAUUCACUCCAGAAGGUAUUGAUGUAAAGCCUAAACUAGAGGAACUAGAUAAAGAUUUUGCCCAACGGUACACUCAGAAUGGCAGCCUUGAUUUCUCGAACAGCCAGACAGUGUGUGAAAUGGAAGAUGACGACGAUGAUGAUGUAUCUGGUUCAAAUAGUCCUCCAUUGCCUUACAUCCAGAAGCCACCUCCAGAGGGUUCUUGUACUGUAGAUGGGUUCUGCCAAGCAGGGAAAGAUGUGCGAUUGGCGUCACUCUGCAAAGAACAGGUUGAGGUCCCUACAGGAUUUCUA